AUGCCCGCCUCAAGGAACGUUGGUAUCGCUUCGGCAAGAAACAUGGGUUCUUCUUCUGCGGAGAGAUCUGUCAAUGCACAGCCCUUGGACAAGUCGAAUGGACGGAUGCACAAAAGGUCUCGCUCUGGUUGCUUCACCUGCCGCCUACGAAGAAAGAAGUGCGACGAAGGCCACCCCGCUUGCAAAGCUUGCACAAACCUCAAUGUCAAGUGUGAAUAUAAACGACCUGUGUGGUGGGGCACCCCGGAACAAAGAAGACAACAGAAGGAGCGGAUAAAGACUAAGAUCAAGCAAACCAAGUCGCUGGAGCGAAGUGGAUCUCUUCAGGAUCAUAUGAACCGAGUUCUCUCAUCGGCAAGUCCUGGAGAGCAUGAAUAUCACCAUCCUUCUUUUGUCGAGAACUUUGAUCCCUCUAUUGGAGCGCACUUUUCUACGCCUGGAUUCGUUCCUAUAACUUAUUCCCGUUAUACCCCGUAUGAGGUGGACGUUAGGACAGAGCGCCAAACCUUUGUCAAUGAUGUGCCGUUACGACAUGACUCUUCAACCUCGACCUUCAAUACAAUGGGUCCACCACAGCUUCAUGCCACGCUUCCAACCUUCCCAGCCGACGACUGGCUUCAAGAUGAAUGCUUUGACUCUUCAAAUCAGUUCUCUGAGGUUGAUCCAACCCUGUCUGGUCACAGUGUUGGGCAAUCUUAUGCCUCUAUGCAUGCCAAUAUCCCUGUCGACGACUAUGAUCGACCGUUACUGGAUCAUUUCGUGGACAACGUCUUGCGGAUGAUUUUCCCAAUCCUGGAGGUUCAUCAACGUGGUUCCGCACGAGCCAGAUCCGUACUUCAGUCCCUCGAGACGAAUAAAUCAUACUUUCACUGCUGUCUUAGCGUUGCCGCCAUUCACCUUAAGUCAACUACUGGAUUGAAUGGAGAACAAAUCGACCACGAUAUCAUGCGCCACCGUUAUGAGGCUAUUUCCGAAUUGUGUCAAGCACUGAACAAGGACGCCGAUCACGAGAAAAUUUUGGAUGCGACACUUGCCAUGAUUUUCUUCCACUGCUCGGUUGGUGCGCCCGAUGAUUAUCUUCCUGAUAUUCCCUGGAACGACCAUUUCCAGGCAGUGUCAAACUUGGUCAGCAAACUGGACUUGACAAACAAAGUAAUCCCAUGUGGUCCUAUGUACACGGUACCACCAUUCAGUAUGUCCCUGACCUCCUGGAUUGACAUUUUGGGCGCGACAAUGCUUGGGAAAACACCGGAGUUUGCCCAUUCCUAUCGCUCCAAGCACCUCAGUGGAACAUCUUCUGGUCUCCGAGAACUAAUGGGUUGUGAUGACCGCAUUAUGUACCUGAUCUCAGAAAUUGCCUGCCUCGAAGCCCUCAAGAUUGAGGGCCGUGUCGACAACAUCACUGUCUGCACGCAUGUGUCUGCUUUGGGUAGUCAGUUGGAAUUUACCGAAGAUCCUAACCAACCAUUGGAAAGUCCCUACUCACCAACUGGUGCAAUCCGACCUGAAGCAUUGACAAAAGCAAUGACUGCCAUCUUUCGCAUCGCCGCCCGCAUCUACCUUUGCAGUCUGGUUCCUGGCGCCGACCGCAAUCAAAACAGCACUAUGAACCUUGUUGCCGCAUUGACAGAUACUCUGGCCUACAUCCCAACCGGGCCUUUUGGAUUUGACCGCUCUCUGGUCUGGCCACUCCUCAUUGCUGGUGCAUUCUCUACUCCCUCCAGUUCAUUCCGUCGGGCACUAGACGAUCGAGUGACAGCCCUGGGAGACCUUGCCGACCUUGGAAGCAUUGGUCGCAUGUACCAAUUGAUUACCGAAUACUGGCGUCUGAGCGAUGACCCAGUCAAUCCGUAUGUCUCUCCGGAAGAGACUGUGGUCGAGACAGGAUAUCCAUAUGCGGAGGUGAAUCAUGAUGCUCUUGCUUCGCCUCCUCUUGUGUCCCCUGGGAUGCGGGAAAUUAAAAGGCAACAAGUUCACUGGCGAGAUGUCAUGGCCCGAAACAAUUGGCGCCAUCUUUUGAUUUAA